UAUAUGUGGCUUCAGAAUUGUGUUCACUUCCGAAAACACAUCUGUUUAUGCAUUUUGAAACCAUUAGCAUAUAUCACACAAUCUGUCUACUGACAUCAUUUCUACCUUGAGUUUGCUUUAUAUAUUUGUGAUUUUGUAUUUGACAUGCAUUCUCUGCUUGCAGCAAAUACUUAAUUAUUUUACGUACAAAGCUGUGAGGACUGUUCUAAACCAGCUUUACGAGAUGAACCCGCCGAAGUAUAGGUGGUUUUAUGAUUUUGUUGCGUCAAACAAGCCUGGUGAUGGGAAGCGUUUUAUUCGCAUCCUUGGGAAGGAGAAGCAAGAUCUUGCUGAAAGAGUGAUGGUAACAAGACUACACCUCUACGGAAGAUGGGUUAAGAAAUGUGAUCAUGCUGAAAUAUAUAAGGAGAUCUCUGAUCAGAACUUGGAGUUGAUGCGUGAACGACUCAUGGAGACUGUUAUAUGGCCCUCAGACGACACAAACACGCAGCUCAUGGGUUGAAACUUGGUCUUGGAUUUCGUUUUUCUUUUCUUCCUCGAAAGCUUUGACUAGUUUAGUCUUUAAAAUCCUCAUUAAUGUUAUUUUCCACCAAGUAAUAAGAGUUUUCAUAUAUUUUAUAUGGAAGUUAUGUAUAUAAGUAUCUCAUCCAUCAAGUUUAGAUAUUUUAGAUUCAAAUAUAUUGUUUCUCUUAUUUGGAAGACAAUGAACAUUUUAGUACACGUUGCCUCAA